AUGAAUUCUCUUCAAGAAUUUGAUUCAUCAUCAAACACUACUUCAUCACUCAACAACAAUUUCGGAGUACUACCUUUAUCUUCUCCAGCUGCAUCAUCAUCAACCUCAUCACCACCGCCACCGCAACCACCACCGCCACAACCACCCCUCCGAUACUUGGACCAGUUCGGAAAAACGAAGGUGCACACGCAGCUAUGUCCAUUCUUCGGGCACCCGAACCCGCCUGCACCGUGCCCUUGCCCGCUCCGCCAAGCUUGGGGGAGCUUAGACGCUCUGAUUGGUCGGUUAAGGGCGGCGUUUGAAGAGAAUGGCGGCAAGCCGGAGGCUAACCCUUUCGGCGCUCGCGCCGUUAGGCUUUACCUUCGCGAGGUUCGUGAUUCUCAGGCUAAAGCCAGAGGUAUUAGCUAUGAGAAGAAGAAGCGCAAGAGGCCGCCACACCAACAACAACCGCAACCGCAACCGCAACCGCAACCGCUCCCGCAACCGCAACCACCUUCCACCAAUACUAGUAUGAACUUGUGAUUUGAGAAUGGGGUUAGAGCGAUGAAGCAUGGGGAGACUAUCUACUACAGGCUUUGGAAGUUGAUUAAAAAGGUGCAAACCUAAACAGCAGUGUUGUUGGGUGGAAGAAGCAGUGAUAUCGGGUAAGUUGAGAAAGCAGUAGCAGUAGUAGUAGCAGCUUGUGAUGAAAAGACUCAUGUUAAAUUGAAUCAAUCAAUGAACGAACCAAGGUAAGUGAGAACAAGGGCUGUGUUUGUGACAGAACAAUACAUCGUCCAAUUUGUAGUAAUAAAAAAAGGAACUUGUCUAUGUUCUUUUUUAAGAUCCUAUAUUAUUUAUAUUUUUAUAUAAUAUAUAUGACCAAACAAAUAAUAUUAUUGGAUUUCAACAUCUUAUGCCAGUUAAUUAAUCACUUAUUCGCCUA